UUUUUUCUGUUUUUUGUUUUUGUUCUUAUUAAACUAUGACUGACCGUUUGAACGUCUGCAUUAUUGGAUCGGGCAAUUGGGCCACGACUAUAGCCAGGAAUGUGGGCAACAAUGUGGCCCGGUCACAGCUAUUGGAGCCCAAGGUUAAUAUGUAUGUGUACGAGGAAUAUAUCGAUGGCCGAAAGCUAACUGACAUCAUCAACACGACACAUAUCAAUGUGAAAUAUAUGCCCGACUAUGUGUUGCCAUCGAAUGUGGUUGCUUAUGAUGAUGUGGUAGCUACAGCUCGUGACGCGGACAUCCUGAUCUUUGCCAUUCCACCAACAUUUGUGAACAGCUGCUGCAAAACGCUGCUCGGCAAAGUGAAGCCAAUGGCUCAUGCAGUCUCCCUAAUCAAGGGAUUCGAGCAUGGCGACGACGGCCAAAUUAUUCUCAUAUCUCAUCUCAUAAUGCGACAACUAAAGAUUUCCUGCUCGGUGCUGGUGGGAUGCAAUUUGGCACAUGAGCUCGCCAACAAUCACUUUGCCGAGGGCACCAUCGGUUGUCGGGAUCAGAAACAUAUGCGCAUAUUGCAUGAUCUCUUUCAAUCGGAAACAUUCCGUUGUGUUGUCACUGACGAUGCCGACUGUGUUGAAAUCUGUUCCACUUUAAGGAAUGUCAUUGCAUUUGGCGCUGGCCUUGCCGAUGGUAUGGAUUUGAAUGAGAAUACCAAGGCUAGUAUUAUAAGGCGUGGUUUUUUGGAGACACUGCAAUUUGUGGAUGUCUUUUAUCCAGGCAGUCGCUUGGCCACCUUCUUCGAAUCGUGUGGCUUAUCCGAUCUGGUUACCAGCUGCUAUGCGAAUCGUAAUCGAAAGCUGGCUGAGGCAUUUGUGAAGACGGGCAAGCCUCUGAGUGAACUGGAGCACAUGCUCAUUGUGGGACAUGAGCCUCUGGGUCCGAUUACCGCCGAGAUGGUUAACAUAAUGCUCAAGAAGAAGGGACUCGAGGAGAAAUUUCCACUAUUCACCGUCAUUUAUCGCAUUUGUGCGGGAAUUUAUCCGCUGUCUCGCUUGCUGGAAACUUUGCGCUUUGCUCGCGAGGAUAUCUAUCAUCCCAAUCAUAUUUUCCAGCUAUAAAAAUUCGAGUACUGUUGAAAUUCUCGUGUGUAUUUUGUGUAAAUUAUCUGUUUGCUGGUAAAUAAAAUCGUUGCACUCUU